GGACGCCUGGCAAGAAGCAGGUGGGGGCUAUUUUUUAUGCUUCCCCUUUUUGACUGCGGAGCCAAAGCGUCGGCGGGCCUGGGACUUCCUGCAGCGGCGGCGAGGCGCGGAAGGGACACGCGCGAGCCCCUUUGCAGUCGCUUGCCUGCCCGCCUGCCUUCCUUCCAAUCCAAUGCAGCAACCUGCGACAGUUCGUGGAGAACAGGUUGUGGAGUUUCAAAACAGAGCAGCGAUUGCUCAGCACCAUCAAGGAGCAAGCCACCGCACCAACGCCGCCGAAGAAAGGGGGACCUGACCACCCUCUCCCGGACACCCCAUGAGAAAGACCCAUUUCCCAGGAGUCACGGAAGCAUCGAGCCUAAGGAUGGCAGCUCCCUUGUCCCCCUUUCAGCUGGCAUGAAUCCCUCUCGCCCUGCUCUUUUUAUUUUUAAAAGCUGAGUAGCUGUCUCCUGACCACCCCUUAACUCGGCACUGUUGUCAUUGAGAAGGCAAGGAGAGGUUCUUCGCCACUACUCAGCUGGCCACUUUGGUUCUAAAGCCUGCGGAAAGCACUUUGACAGCAGCAGCAGCAGCUGAAUCAGCUGGUUCCACCUUGCGCCAUGAUCUGGAAAGUUUUCCUUCUGUUGCUGGCUAUCCCCGGUGUGCUGGCAAAAAUCCUGGCAUCCCAGAACAGCAUCACUGCAGUGCUUGGCAAAGAUGUGGUCCUCCCCUGUUCCUACAAGGUCUCAGAGGGCGAGAGGGUGGUUCAGAUCACGUGGAUGAAGCGGCGGGAGGACGGGACAGCCCAGGAGUUGGCGGUGCUGAACUGGCAACACGGGACCUACGUGCAGACUGCCUAUUCAGGGCGAGUGCUGCGACAGUCCGAAGGAUCCCUAGAAGACGGCUCCAUCCUGCUGAAGAAUGCGGUGCAGGCUGACGAGGGGGCAUACGAGUGCCACCUCAUUACCUUCCCUGGGGGCAGUUUUGAGUCCAGCCUGACCCUCAAGAUCCUAGUUCCCCCAUUGCCCACCUUGAACCUUGGCCCCCCGCUGGAGGAAGGGCAGGGCCGGACUCUGGCUGCCUCAUGCACUGCGGAAGGGAACCCCGUGCCCACGGUAACCUGGGAGACGGAAGUGCGCGGCACGGACAGCAGCCGCGUGUCCUCGCACCCCCGCUCGGCCUCCGUCACCAGCGAGUUCUACGUGGUGCCCGGGCGGAGCAUGCACGGCAAGGCCCUCACCUGCAUCGUCUCCCACCCGGGGCUGCAGCACAAGAAGAGGAUCACACACACCCUCAACGUGGCAUAUCUGUCGGAUGCCUCAGUCCUGGGCCACGAAGAGGGGGAAGAUUGGGUCGCAGGAAAGGAAGGGGCAUUCCUGAAGUGCCUCGGAGAUGGGAACCCCCCGCCAACUUACAACUGGACACGGCUCAAUGACCCCCUCCCCAGCGGAGUGAAAAUCAAGGGGGACACCCUGCUCUUCCAGAGACCCCUUAACUCUGAAGAUGGAGGCGUCUAUGUUUGCCAAGUGGCCAAUGGCUUUGCAACCAAGGAGGCUGAGACGACCAUCAGCAUAAAAGGCAACCGGGCCAAGCAGGUGGACGUGGUCUCCAUCUCCAUGAUUGGGGCAGGACUCAUCUCUGUAGUGCUGCUUGGCUUGCUGGUCCUGGUGGUCAUACUCAUGACUUGCUACCACAAGAGGAAGACCAAACGCAUCACUGAGAAAUACGAAGAAGAGCUGACACUGACCCGGGAGAACUCCAUCCGGCGCCUCCACUCCAGCCACAGCACUGACACCCGGAAUCAGAUGGAAGAAAACCUUCCCUUGAGGUCAGAGAGCCGGCAGGGCAGCUUCCGUGGGGACAGCCUUUGCCGGGAGAGCCUGCGAGCCGACAGCCUCUGCCGGGACAGCCGGCAGGGCAGCUUCCGAGCAGACAGCCUGCGUGAAACCAGCCUCUGCUCUGUCAUGAGCGAGGAGGCCGAAGGACGUAGCUACUCCACCUUGUCGACGGUGCGGGAGAUCGAGACGCAGACAGAGCUCCCCCCGCCACCCCCCACCCCUGUCCAGGAGGACCAGAUGGAGAAGGAGAAAGAGGAGAAGGAGCAGGAGGAAGAGGAGCAGCGGGACAGCGAGAAGAACAUCAAGCAAGCCAUGACCCACUUUGUCCAAGAGAACGGCACCCUCCGGGCGAAGCCCACCUCCAACGGCAUCUACAUCAAUGGCCGGGGACACCUGGUGUGACCUUUGCCCCCUGCCACGGAGCCCCAGGACCCGACAGAGCACUGAACCCACUUCCCAAUGGCCUGCUGGAGCCUCCCUUGGGCGAGGGAGCCAAGGCUGUCACCUCCUUCUGAGCCACCCGGCCGCCAUGCAGCUGCCCUUGGAGAUCUCCGCAGGCCUCACCACCCCGUUCUUCUUCCCCGGGAAUCCUGGCCAUGGUCUUCUCUUGCUCCGUCCACUCGAGGAAGGAACCAACUCAUUCCCAGUGGGGUGGAUCAACAGCCGGUUCGGAAAUUGGGAGAGCUUCCCCCACCCCUUUUCUUUUCUGACUUUGGCGGGACAGUGACAUUACCUGGCCUGUGUUUUCGUGUCGUGUUUUUUUAAAAAUGUUUUGAGGCCACACAUGCAGAGCAAGCGAUUCUGAGGAUGCCACCAGGCAGCAGCGCAUUUAUCUUGGCUCAGGGACAGAACCGUGAAACUAUUGUGCCUCCCCCUCUAAUUAUUGUUGUUAAUAUUAAUAUUAUUAUUAUUAGUUGAACGUUUGUGGCCCCCUGUGGUUACGGACAGAAGCUUCCCCAAAGCCUUGCCGAGGCAAGCAAUAAAAUCAUUGUUUUUAUUUUAUAUAAUUAUUAUUACCUUGAAAGGGAAAGGCUAGCUUCCCAAAGACUGAAUGUAGGCACAGAGACAAGGAAUCCCGGCGGGCCUCAGGGGAGCCCUGCGAGGGAGAUUCCCUGCUUGGGAGAUGCCCGUGGGCAGGAUUCCACCCUCCCCAGUCCUUGAUAACGAUUCCUGUGGGGAUUACACUGAGACGCACGCUUUUUCACCCAGCCCCAUCCAAAGCGCAACUUGUGCAUGAAUGCAAAGGAUUCCAGCGGCUACAUCUCCGGUUUGGCAGAUGAAACAUCCGGCCAGCCCUAUCCUGCCAGGGUGGGUUGUGCCACCACUUCCAGUGCGACCACCUGGAGAUCGGUUUUCGCUCGGGCAAACCCCUUGCCACUCGUGCAAGCUACGCAGACCAAAACUGCUUCCGAAGCAGGAAGACAGCAGGACUUGCCAGCACCAUGGAACAGUGAAAUGCCAGGAUAUUUUGGGAUUUAUUCUUGUAUCCUGGGUGGUGAAGGGGGAAAGGGGGAUUGUGGGUCUCAUUGCCCUUUGUAUAUCCACAGUCAUAGAAGGUUGGAAGUUUUGUGCAAUGUAUCAUAUUCACUCUCUCUCUCAUCCCCUCUCUUAAGUCCGUUUCACAUGUGCAUAUAACCCCUGGGCUAUUCAUCUCUCAAGGGGUCAACAGCUGAACAAGUCAACUGGUGCCUUUGAAAA